CGACGCAAGGAGAUCGACGGGCGACGGAAGACGGGAGCGACGCGAGGAGAGCGACAGGUGAUUGAUGAAGCAGAGGGGGGCAACGACCCAAGAAGAGCGACGGGGACGACGGGCGACUGGAGCCACACAAGGAGAGCGACGGGGCGACGGGCGACUGGAGCCACACAAGGAGAGCGACGGGGUAUUGAUGAAGGAGAGGGGGGCAACGACGCAAGGAGAGCGACGGGCGACGGGAGCGACGCAAAGAGAGCGAUGCAGGGGGGCAACGACGCAAGGAGUGACAGAAAUGGCCAGUAGUAGGGUGCGCGCGAUGGCAGGUGCGGCUGCUGUUGCUGCUGUUGCCGGGGCGGCGCAACAGGUCUCCUCCGAUCGCAUAAUGGCACAACACGUGGCGGCAGCGGCAAUUGCUUCCGGGGUAGGCGUUGGCCGCGACCCGGAAGACACCUCCUCCUCCUCCUGCAGGGCAGCCUCCUUGUAUCGGAAACUAAGUUGGACUCCCACCUCGCACAAGGAGUUGCAAUCUGCGGAGCAACGACUGCUUAAGCUGCUCAAGACCCCAUACGUGAAGCGAGACGUUGAUAUCGGACCCGAUCCCAUUGCCAAAGCUGCAAAGAGUCAGUGGUUUGGUGGCUCCGCUCCCGCGAAGUCGCGCUAUCUCAACACGAUAUCUUUUGAAAGCGAGCAACAACAAGAAGGGUUGCCGACGCUCGUCUGCGUGCAUGGCUACGGGGCUGGGCUGGGCUUUUUCUUCCGCAACUUCGACAGCUUGGCGCAGCGAUUCCGACUACAUGCGCUGGAUCUUAUUGGAUGGGGAUUGUCCGAUCGACCGGAAUUCCCAUGCAAGACGACAGAAGAGACGGAAAUUUGGUUCCGAGACUCGUUGGAGGAGUGGAGAAAGGCCAUGGGGAUCGAUAAGAUGAUCCUUAUGGGACAUUCGUUUGGCGGAUACGUGUCGUUCAUUUAUGCGCUGCAGUACCCGCAGCAUGUACAGCACUUGAUUCUUGUUGGUCCCGCGGGAUUUGGGACGCCCACGAAUCGACUCAAGGAAUUUCAGGCGACAUGGACUGGUGCCUUCGCCAACAAGGUGUGGGAGUGGAACAUCACUCCUCAGAGCAUAAUAAGGAGCUUGGGACGCUUUGGUCCCGGGGCCGUUAGACGGUACACGGACGUGAGGUUUGUGCAGAGAUCCCAAGGCGAUCAACUCACUGAGACGGAGGCGGAAUUAUUCACAGAUUACCUUUAUCAUACGAUUGCAGCGAAACGGAGCGGAGAGCUCUGCUUGCGACAUAUAUUUAGUCUGGGCGCAUUCGCACGCAUUCCAUUGCUAGAUCGAGCGUCGAAUCUAGACGUUCCAACGACAUUUAUUUACGGAGAGGACGACUGGAUGGAUUACAGAGGCGGCGAGCUAACGUGCAAGGCGAUGAAGCAGUGCGGCGAAGUCUUGAGAAUCCCGAGGGCCGGUCAUUACGUAUUCAUGGACAACGCAGCAGGAUUUCAUUCUGCAGUUCUGCAUGCCUGUAAGCCGUACUGGGACGAGAAAUCGCGAGGAGGAGUGGCAAUGGAGAUCGAUGAGAGGGCCUUUUUCAGGGGAGAGAGAUGGGCAGCAGAUGGCCAGCCACUGCUUGUCGAAGGAGAAGAGCGAUUCUGGCCGAAGAAAAUGAGAGGACUUAUCAAGGACGAGACUGCAUAGAUGCGAUAACGGGCCUCACUCCACUACUAUCAAAAUGUGCAAAACGAGAGUGAAUCUUCCGCUAGAACAUGGAAAGAUACACCGACAUUUUUUUGUCUUUUUUUGCAUGUCGAGAGUAGUGGAGCGAGCGAGGCCCCAUGUAUAUCCUCUCGUCUCUUCUGUUAGGGAUGCGAUAAUAAUGUAUAUACUAUAUAUAUUUAUGUUCUUGCGCAAUGUAUCCAGCGUCUGUCACACAGCAUGUGUGCCUUGUAUGAAGUCAUAUGUAUAGGGCAUAGGCCCCACAGCAUGUGUGCCUUGUAUGAUGUCAUAUGAAUUUGAUGCAACUUUCAGUCCAGAUAUGGUCAUAAUUACCGGGUGUUCUAUUCGGGUGAAGACGGUAGCAAGACACUUGGCCUGAAUCUGGAAGUGCUAAACUUUGUGGAGAGGUGCAGAAAAUCACGAUUGAAAAAAAAAUCGGGUUAUGCAUCUGGGCAUAAAACAUGUUCAGAUGCAAUUCGUAAACUCGACCCAGUGCUCCUGGCUAUUGGGGCCGCCUUCCUACGGGACUUUGGGAGUUCCCUGUCGACAGUUCCAGAUGGAAGUUGGGACCACUGGAUGGCUGUGGCUGGGACCCUUGCUGGCAACCGUUUGCGUUUGCGAUA